AUUCAAACCAUGAAGCGAAUGGCCAGAGGAAGCUACGGUUACGGCCACAGCUACGGUUAUGGCGGUGAACAACAGCCAGAAGACAGACUCACUUCACUCUCCGACGAUCUCUUAAUCUCCAUUCUCUCUCACAUCGACACCAAACAAGCCGUUCAAUCUUCAAUUCUCUCUAAACGUUGGGUAAAUCUCUGGACUCUGCUUCCUGUACUCAAUUUCACCUGCGAUCAGGACCAAAAUCCUCCAAAUCCUCCUGAUAACGAUGGAUAUACUUUCAUUCACAACGUUUUUGCUCGUCGUAACGCCUCAAUUAUGAUUGAAAAGUUGAGUGCUAACGUUUCCGAUCAUUAUACAAUGUUUAGAGUGUUUAACGAUGCGUUAUCGCUUCGUGUGUCCGAUUUGCGAAUCGACUGUUCUGAAAAUAUCGUUAAGCAUUAUCCGAUUUCGUGCGUUGAUUCGAGUGAUUUGUUGAUGAGUUUAUCGUUGAAAGGGAUGGUAGAAUUUGGUUAUUUUCCGAGGUUUGAUGGAUUGGUGAAGUUGAGACUAGAAAGAGUGAAGAUAGUUGAGAAUGAAGCGUUUUCUAGUUUUGUUAAUUUGGAGGAAUUGUUUUUGGUUAACUGUAAGAUGGAGGUUGAUUCUAGUGGGCUUGAAGUGGUGGCGGAUAAGCUGUGGAGGUUGACGAUUUCGUCGUGUUUUCAUACUCCGGUUGCGUAUCCGGGGCUUGUGCUUUCGACUCCGAAUCUUGUGGUGUUUGAGCUUGAAGGUUUGAUUCCAAUGGUGUUUGAGGCUGUUGAGGAACUUCCUGCUUUGCAUACUGUGCAUAUUGAUGCUUUGUUUUCGUAUGGUGCUCCCGAACUGCCGUUUGAACAGCAGAAGAUUAACUUGAUUAAGAUUAUUGGGAGCUUCAAGUAUGCUGCAUGUGUUCAUCUGACUCCGUCAACUGUUGAGCUUCUCUCCCUAUCUGCAAGUUUGAUUGUUCAAGAACAUUGCCCAUUUGAAGAUCUGAAGUUUCUGAACCUAAUUCCACCUCCCAACAAGCCUGUAACCCGACUUGAUUCCUGUGUGGUGGCGUAUUUGCUCAAGGAUUAUCCCAAAGCCGUUGUGAAGGCAUUGCCUAGGUCCGUUGGUAUGCCCAUGAGGCGCCUAACUUAAAGGUCUCUAAAAACUUUGGGUUGAUAAGCCUCUCCUUUGAAGACAUUUUUGUUGGUAACAUUUUCUUUAUCAUCUAAUUUCCUCCAUCAUGUAUGGGAUGGUGGACUUUUUUUAAUUUAAUGUUUACAUGUUUUUCUUAUCCAGUUAGCUGGAUGACAAUUUAUAGAUUUAUUUGAAAAAAAGAAUGGUUGU